GCUUCUCACCACAAAAAUAUCUUCUCUUCUUUACUUCUUUACUCAUUCAUCGGAAAUCAUGGAAAGGGAUGCUUCCAGCGUUGUUUCUCAUACCGGCGACGCCCAAAACGGGUAUGAUUCCACCUGUUCCUCUGCCGAGAAGAAGCUGAAACUGUUUGGAUUCGAGCUCAACCCAAACAAUAACAAACAGAGCUCCUCUGUUUUUGAAGCUGAUCAUGAAAGUGUAAAUUCAUCAAACACGGUGGUUUCUCCAGCGAGUGAGAAACCGGAGACUACUGCCGCCGAUAAGAGCUCGAAGAAGUUCGAGUGUCAGUACUGUUUGAAGGAAUUUGCAAAUUCUCAAGCGUUGGGGGGUCACCAGAAUGCUCACAAAAAAGAGAGGAUGAAGAAGAAGAGGCUGCAGCUUCAAGCUCGGCGUGCCAGCAUCAAUUACUACCUUCAACCUUUCCAGAACAGCCUCGGAAUUGUCACUUCCCCUGUUUCAGGUGCUCCCCUGUAUUUUGAUCCUUCCAGCAGCACUUCCGAUCAACAUCAUCAGUUUACCCUGUACGAAGAAUCCCAGAUCAGUUUCGGACAGUAUGAUCAAGAUCAUGCGUCGAAUUGGUACUCUGCUGCUCCGGUGAUCCCUUUCCGACAGGAUUCUUCAGGUGCGUUCACUCUUACACAAGGUACUAACAGGUCAGGAUCAGACAGGGCUGUCGGGAUCAGGACAGCUCUGCCGAUUCAGGCUUCAAAACAGAGUUGCAAAUCAUUGGAUCUUCAGUUGGGGUUAAGUUUACACUCUACAAUUCAGAGCUCCACCGGAAGCGGAAUGUAAAAAACAGGAAAAUACACAAACACGUCUGAAUUCAUUACUGGGAUUUACAGGAAAAUCUGUAAAUCAUCAUCCAAGUAAACAGGGGAGACGAUCCACGCCACGGAUACAAGCGAACUGUACCUGAAGAAAUGUAUAUUAGAAACCAUUGGAUCAAUCAAGAUUAAUUUCUUCAUGUCUACGCGAAUUGUUUUUCAAUUCAGACGUACAUGUUGAGUCAAGUUCCGCUUACACAAAUUUAUUAGUUUUGUUUUAAGUUAUUGGUCUUCAUUGGAGAGAUGUAAGCCUUGGCUCCCAGCAAAGAUUUUAUU